GUAUGCAUGUGACGAUCAACAAGCAUAAAAACCCGACAGAGUCAUCGGCAAAAACAAAAACAUUGGUGUGUAACAUUGCUGUCGACGUCGUUCCCUACGUUCCCUCCUGGCCCAUUGUUAUGUAUGACUACUCGCAGACUUUUGAAGACUGAAGAGCUUGUCUGAGGUCCAUUUUAUUCUGUAAAAUUGCUUCCUUCUCUUCCAUGCACGGUAUCUACGCUCUGAACUUACAUACAUGAGAAAGUCACAUUGUCAAACGAUUAAUUCUCUGCCCGCCUGCCUGCAGCCGACUGACUGAGUGUGAGUGAUUCUUUUUUAUUGCUUUAUUUUCGCGAGACGCUGACUAUACAACAAUUGUGUGGGAAAAUAUAAGCACAAGCACGGCCGCUUGACGAUUCACUAUUACUUAUCAGCUCAAAGUGUGAAAGUCGUUGGCUGGCAGUUCUCUGUGCACACACGAUACAACAGAGAAUUUUUAAGGCCAACAACAUAUAUACCUGUAACUUACUACUAACCAAAAAAUAACAUAAUCUUACAACAAUGUUCGAAAUAUCGUUAAAUUAAAAAUUUGGUUUAAAUUGGUUUUCUGAUAACUACAAAACAAAUAAAAAAGGGCACUGCUCCCACACAGUAACACAGCAAACAAAGAAACAAACAAAACUCUUAACCAGUAUUCAUUUAAUCAGUGUCUUCGUGUAAUAAGUGAAAUAUUAUAGUGAACUUGAAAAAAUGUGCCAUAAUUCCGUGCGGGAAAGCGAACAAAUCGAUAAGUGCAUUGAGAAUGGUAUGCCAGAAAAAAUUAUAAAAGCAGUGAAAUACACCAUGAGGCGACGGGUGGCAGAGGCAGCCGUUGUGGCCGCUGUCGCAGCCGAAAAUAAACAUGCAAAUAUCACAGACCUUGCAACCCGAGGAGGUCAUUCGAGUACAAAUACUGCAAAUAGUGCGCUGGCAAAAACUACACAGGGAUUUCAAAUGAAAUGUCCCUUUGCCCAUGGAUUGAUUAUCCCAGCCAAAUCCAUAGAAACUUCCGCUUCUUCAAUACCAGGCGAAUUCAAUGAAUUAGCCCGCCGUUCGUCAUGCGGGCGACCCAUUACACAACUGAAGAACGAGAGUACAUCUAUUACCAAUGUUGGCUCCCAAUUAGAACAAAUUUCCCCCUCCUCCUCACCUGAAGAAAUAUACAACGAGGAUAUAUUAGCGAAAAGCACCCAGUUUACCAAAAAGCUCACAUUUAAACUGCAGCAAACCUUUGGAAGAGUGCAAAGAAGCAAACUAUACACAUUGCUCACGAAAACUACCCAACCUGCUCACGUUCUAGCCAUAUGUAUUCCAUCAUUCGUAUUAUUAACUAUUUGGCCCGAAUUAAUAUAUGGCAGCUCUUCUAAACAAACGGCACAUGUCUCCACGGCGACGACAGAUGACCAUCACCUCCAAUCAUCUUCAACACCCAAAAUGAAUUACACUUUGGCAUUAAUUGCUUACUUGGGGGCCUUUGCAACACAUUUUGGUUCCCAGAUAUGGAUGACUUUUGUGUCAGGUCUUUCGCUGUAUUUUUCCUUACCACGACAUAUGUUUGGUCGCUGUCAGCAAAUAUUAUUUCCAAAAUAUUUUGCAUUGAAUAGUGUGCUGAGUAUAACAAUGCUCAUAAUCUUUGUGAAAUAUUUCUUUCACUCUUGGAAUACGCCACAAUGCAUUCAAUUGGGUGCCUUAUCGCUGACGGGAACCAUAGAAGUUUUGGUUAGGCUUUAUCUGGCGCCGCCUCUACUUUAUCUAAUGCAUGAAAAGUACAAAAUCGAGGAUACCAUUGGCAGCGGCAAAGAAGUUGGCAGUCUGGUGCAAGGGGAUUUAGUACAAUGUCCCCACUAUCAACGCAUACAUAAAGCCUUUCGCCGCGUUCACAUGACGGUGGCAAUUGGCAACCUAAUCACAAUGGUAGCAAGCUGUCUGCAACUGUAUUACAUAGCUAGCAAAAUACAGAUAUCCCUGUAAUAAUAACUAAAGCUAAACAAACCCCCAGCUAUAUUUAAGUCAGAUAGAAGUGUAAAGAGGGUCCCAUCAAAUACAUUAAAAAAAAAAGAAUUUUGAAAACAAAAUGAUAUCCGCCAUAAAUGGCAAAAACUCUCACAACCAUCAAUAAUCAUAUACCAAAAAAUGUAAUAAGCAUUUCUAAAUAAGGUCUAUAAUAUUUAAAUUAUUUCUAAGGUUCCAUAGUUUCGCAAAUAAUUAGCAGCUGAAGUAGGUAGUUAAAUACUGUGUAACGUAACCAUCUCUCUCUCAUGAGGAUAGCGUCUUUAAUAGUUGUAAUUAGUCAAAUUUUAUGUCAAUUCAAGAACCCAUCACCAUCAUCGCCGUCAUCGUCAUCAUGCCUAAUCUAUUUAUAAAGAUAGCAUCAAUAAGCAAUUCAUCCAACAUAGCAGCGCCAUAAUUUGUGUUCCUAUCAUCGUGAUAGAUAUAUAGUAUUAUUAAAAGCGGUACGAAAUUACGACAAUACUGAAUCUAAAUAUUCCUAAAUAAUCACCAACACAAUAACUCAUAACUUACAUAAACAUUCACGUAUUAUUCAUUAAGUACGAUUACGCACUUGAAGAUCUGUGAUAAAAAAUCUCUCUCACUCGAGUCAAACAGAAUUUAUUAGCGAUGACUACAAUCUUUUGCUUUGUAACGAUUAUCGAAUAGCAAUUACAAUCUUGAUGUUCAAUGUAUUUGUACGCCUAUAUACAAGAAUGCAUAUAGAAAUAGUAAAAGUAAUAACUUUAUUCGAUUUUCGCCAAA